AUGCUUGAUGGUGACACCAGCACAGAUGAAGAAUUACCCAGUAAGACCAGUGGAGGGGCUGAGCAGAAGCGGGAGGCAUCUCGUGCAUCCUCAGAGCCCACCCACACACCCACCUGGGAGGAGGAGGUGGUGCUGGAAAUGGAUGCCGAGGAUGCAGGCUGGGCAGUGCUGACCCUCACUGUGGCAGACAAAGCUACCAAGGAGGCACUGGGGACAUUCCAGCUGCCAGUCCGGCAUCUCCAGCCCUUCCAACCCCACCACUGCAGGCUGAUGCUGCCAAGGAGGCAGGACUCUGUGGGAAUGGUCCUGCGUGUCACCAUCACCCGCAAAAAGAGCUUCAUCCCUCGCUGUGAUGGACUGAGCUACGUGGCCUUGGAGGUGCUGCUGCGGGGGCUGUCUGUCCCCCUCACCACCCUCCCCAGGACCCUCGUGGCCGUGGCCAGAGUUGUGAGCAAUGUCCAGGAGUACAAGCACCGCAUGGAGAAGAAUCCCAUCUCUCAUCCCAGCAUCAGCCCCACCACCAUCCUGUUCCCAGACCCUCCAGCAGCCGCCUUUAGCAUCGCCCGAGCUGCCAACCACGGCUGCCCUCAGAUAUCCCGACCAGCCGGUCCCCAAGAGCAGCCAUCCUGGAAUGCCUCCUUCCUCUUCCAAGGCCAAGACGCUGCCACCAUCUUCUCCGAAGACACGGCUCUGGCAAUUGAGUUUUAUCCCUACAAAGACGUGUGGGAUGCUCCGGGCACCCUCAUUCCUGUGGGAUACUCGGUGCUGCCCCUCACCAGCCGUGUUUUCCAGGAGCUGGCAGCGUGCAGCAGUGGAGUGCACGUGGAUGGCCUCGCCGUGGAGAGACCAGCAGCAUUCCUGACCCCGUCAGGCAGCGAUGCCCUCCCCAGCCUGGACCCUGCCACACUCAGCACCCUCCAGAGCAACGAGGAGCCACAGGCGACCCCCCUGUACCCACUUGAUGGCCAGCUCCAUCGAGAUGACAUGUCCCUCCCGGCAGUUGAUGCCGUGGCCAGUAUCCUGCCUGGAAAGCAGCCAUUCCCACAUGGAGAGCAGAGGUCCCAGGAGAAAUUUGGAGAUCGCCAGGAGCUGGAUGUGGGCAGCUACCGCCUGGCACUGAAGCGGAUGGCAGGGGACCUCCUGUCCCUGCGCCGGCACGUCACCAGCCUGGAGGUGGAGAACGGGCACCUGCGGGGCAGCCUGGCCUCGCAGCAGGAGCUGGGCCAGGCUCUGCUCCACGACACCGACCUGCACGUCAUGACCCGGGAGGAGCUGCUGGACAGGCUCGCCACCCUCAAGCACCAGCUGGUGGCCAGCACAGCAGAGAUGAGGAGACUGAAGGAUCGUGUCCAGCAGCUGCAGAAUGAGCUGAUCCGGAAAAAUGACCGGGAGAAGGAGCUGGUGCUGCUCCAGCAAGCCCACCGGCUGCAGCAAGCCAUGCUGAGGAGGUGCCAGGAUAAGGUGGCCAAGGCAAAGGGCUUGGAGGAGACUGUGCAGCAGCAGUAGAAGGGUGUUUUGGGGGGCACGGAGAAGCUGUCUCUGCUGGCCAGGCUGGAGGAGGCGCAAGCCCGCGGGCGGGUGCUGGACAGGCAGCUGGAGAAGGCAGCGAGGCAGUGGGGUCGGGAGAAGCAGGAGCUCGGAACUCGUCUGCUGGAGCAGGAGAACGGCUUCCCCCACCCCUCGCAGAACCUGAUUGCAAUGUCCACGGCCUCCCGGAGAAGACCCCACAUUCUGCUCCCCCUGCCCUGA